AUGAGCACUCCGAAACCCGUCAAGGUAUCAGCCCUUUGUGAGCUUUGUCAUGGGCGUAAAGCCGUGAUGAAACGUCCUAAGAAUCUUCAGAAGCUUUGCAAGGAAUGUUUCUAUCAUGUAUUUGAAACCGAAAUCCAUAACACCAUAGUGGCUAAUAGCUUAUUUGCUCCUGGUGAUAGAGUCGCUAUUGGGGCUUCAGGUGGUAAGGAUUCCACAGUAUUGGCAUCCAUACUUAAGACAUUGAAUGAACGGUACAACUACGGCGUGGAGUUAGUAUUGUUGUCUAUUGAUGAGGGUAUCAAAGGAUACCGUGAUGAUUCAUUGGCUACAGUCAAGAGAAAUCAAGUUCAAUAUGAUAUGCCCCUAGAAAUCGUUUCUUAUAAAGAUCUCUAUUCUUGGACUAUGGAUGAAAUUGUCUCUUGUGCUGGGAUCCGUUCUUCGUGUACUUAUUGUGGAGUGUUAAGACGGCAAGCUUUAGAUCGUGGUGCUGCAAAAUUAGGUAUAAACCAUGUUGUGACAGGUCAUAAUGCUGAUGAUAUGGCUGAAACUGUAUUGAUGAAUUUACUUCGAGGCGAUGUGGCACGUUUAGGUAAAUCCUGUGAGAUCUCUACCCAAUCGGAGGGGUCUCCCUUUAAACGGACAAAACCUUUUAAGUAUACUUACCAAAAGGAAAUUGUCCUUUACGCCCAUUAUAAAAAGUUGGACUAUUUUUCAACUGAAUGCACUUAUGCUCCAGAAGCAUUCAGAGGAACAGCAAGAGAGCUACUUAAAGCUUUAGAAGCAAUCAGACCCUCGUGUAUAAUGGAUAUCAUCUACAGUGGUGAACAAUUCUGUGUUGCACCAAAACCCAAACGAGCCACUCCAAAGUAUAAAAAUGCAAAGAAAAUUCAGAAUGGUGAUAAUGAUAAUGAACAAGAAAUCAAUGGUGAUGGCUCCGUGUCUCUUAAGAAGAAACUAGAGAGCGCAACUGAUGGUCAUAGAUGUGAGAAAUGUGGCUACUUAACCAUGAACAGGAUAUGCAAAGCAUGUGUACUUCUCGCAGGGUUAGAAGCUAGUAGACCUAAGGUGACCAUAGAUAAUAAUGUUGCUGUAGAUGGGGCAGCCAAAUUAUCCAAGACUUUAGAACAACUUAGUUUCUGA